CACAAAAUUCAUGUUCGUACGAGUUAGUUCAUUAACAGAGAGUCACACAAUAAGAAGCACAAUACAGAUUGUUUCGUUUCUUAUACGAACAAUUUUAAAUGAAACAAACAACAGAAAGAAAAAAACAUAUUUCAACAGCAAAAAAACUAUCUAGAGCAACAACAACAACAUCAACAGCAGCAGUAACUUAUAGUUUUAGCGAGAAAAAUAAGAUUUUUCAUUCAAAUUCACUUUUUCUGGCAUCAAGAAAUAUGGUAAAAAAGAAAUUGUUUGAAACUUAAUGAAAAAUACCAAGACAAUCGUGAAAAUAAGCAAAUGUUGUGGUUUGAAUAAAAUUUUUAAUGGAAUCCUAGAUUAAACAAUCACUAGACUGUUGUUAUUUUUCAUAAAAAAUAACAAAUACUUUUGCAGAAUAAUGAAGAGCAUACCAAUCAGCGAAAACAAUGCAGGUCAAAGCAAUAAUCGUAAAGGCCAUAGAAGGCAAGAGUCACAUUAUACGAUGACCGGCUUGUAUUCGGACAAUAUUGACGACAAUAGUAGCAUCGAUGUGCCAGGCGAUUCGGAGAAUUCGGAGAAUGGUAGCCAAAUCGGUAGCACGAAUAUGACCGAUGGAAAUGUCGUGCCUAAUUAUGUACCCGAUACAGUGAUCAAAUGUCACAGCAGACAACCGUCGGCCGGUAUUAUUGAUCAACAACGCGACAAAACAACAGAUUCCAACGACGAUGCUGAAAUGAGUGUCGAUUGUGGCAUACUCACGUGUCGACCAAAAUCAUUUCAAAAAUUUGCACGUAUCAAAAUUUUCGUAUUAUUGCUAUCGAUGCUAGUGACACUGCAACAAGCACUUAGUUCCGGUUAUAUCAAUUCGGUCAUAACGACCAUUGAAAAACGCUUCGAAAUACCAUCGAGCUACUCGGGACUGAUAGCAUCAAGCUACGAAAUUGGAAAUGUGAUAACAGUCAUUUUUGUUAGCUAUUUAGGAAGUCGACGACAUAUACCUGUUUGGAUUGGAAUCGGCGCGAUUGUGAUGGCAAUAGGUUCAUUAAUAUUUAUGGUGCCUCAUUUUAGCGGAGACGCUAACCCUAGCAUUAGUUUAGCAGAUAAUAGUACAGACAAUAUUUGUCGCACUGUUCCGUACCAAGGUUCAUUGGUGGAUCGUUUAUCGAACUCACCAUUGUCACAACACAAUAAUCUACGCGAAGACAAUUGCCUGAAAGUAAAAUCAUCGACAUUUGGACCGGUGUUUUUGUUUGUCAUCGCGCAAAUACUAUUAGGCAGUGGCGGAAGUCCGCUGUUUACAUUAGGUACAACAUAUGUAGAUGAUCAUGUUCGAACUGAAAGUGCAUCGAUUUACAUUGGAUUCAUGUACAGUAUGGCUGCAUUCGGACCUGUGCUUGGUUUCUUGCUUGGCGCCUAUUUACUGUCAUUUAACAUGGAUGCGUUCACGGCCGAAGCUAUUUCAAUAAAUCCCGGCGAUCGUCGUUGGAUUGGAAUGUGGUGGGGUGGAUUUUUGCUGUGUGGUUUACUGCUGUUAAUUGUUGCCAUUCCGUUCUUUUCAUUUCCAAAAGUGCUUACGCGUGAGAAGAAAAAAUUACGUAGUCUCGAAGAGCAAAAUCUCAAACCGACCGGUGGCGGUAACAGCAAUAGUUUACCACGACAACAACAAGCACCAACCCUACCAAAUAAUGCAACAUCACAAAAUGCAGCCGCUACACUCACAAAGUCAUCGUCAACGUCAAAAGUUGACAGUGGCUAUGGAAAAGAUAUCAAAGACAUUCCAUUGUCCAUGUGGCGAUUGGUGUCAAAUCCAAUUUAUACUGUUACUUGUCUUGGAGCCUGUAUGGAACUCAUGAUUGUAUCCGGUUUCAUAGUUUUUCUUCCGAAAUAUUUGGAAACACAGUUUAGCCUUGGUAAAAGUCAAGCAAGCGUGUUUACCGGUUCAAUUGCCAUACCGGGAGCUUGUUUGGGCAUUUUUCUCGGUGGAUGCUUCCUCAAACGAUUUGAAUUAAAACCGAAGGGUGCCGUUCAAUUUGUUUUAAUUUCAAAUAUUAUUUGCUUGUGCUGUUAUGGUCUACUAUUCUUUUUGGGAUGCGACAACCUCAAAAUGGCUGGUACAACCACUUCGUAUUACAAUGUCACUCAGGAACCGUUCACCGUUAAUCUAACCGCAGAGUGUAAUUUUGGAUGCGAGUGUCACAUGAGCGAAGUGGAACCAGUUUGUGGUAACAAUGGAUUGACGUAUUUCUCACCGUGUCAUGCCGGUUGUACGGCUUUUUCGAGUGAAAACUAUACGAACUGUGCUUGCGUACGAUCGCAUCAUCCGAAGAGCGUGUACAAAGGUGCUGGAGGCAGUGAAGCGCAAGCAUCAAUUGCAAAUGAUGGCUACCCCGACGUUACAGUGGUACCAGUUGCUUCAGUUGGUCCAUGUCUAUCGCCAUGCGGAACGAUCUAUCCAUUCUUGAUUCUGUUGUUUUUUAUGACAUUCAUUGUUGCUUCGACGCAAAUGCCUUUACUUAUGAUUGUCUUGAGAUCGGUGUCCGAAGAGGAGAGAUCGUUCGCGUUGGGUAUGCAGUUUGUGAUUUUCCGUUUAUUUGGCUACAUUCCGGCUCCAAUUUUAUUUGGAAAUUUAAUUGAUUCAACGUGCAUUUUGUGGAAGUCGACGUGCGGCGAAAAAGGUGGUCGUUGUCUUAUCUACAAUAUCGAAACAUUUAGAUACAAAUAUGUUGGACUUUGCGCUAUUAUCAAGUUAGUGGCAUUAGCAAUAUUCGCUGUAGAUUGGUGGUUGGUACGACGACGAAAGCAGUUGGAAUAUACAACACCAAUAUCGGCAACGGCUGGAGUUGGAUCCAUAAUUAGUUUAGAUAAAUUGUUUAUGGAAAAAGGUGUAAUCGAGAACCAAGCCACUUCAUAUGCCAAUGACAUGAUAUCAGAUGAAUGUUCACUUCACGAUGUACCCUCUUACGAUAUCAAUAACAAAAAGGUUUUGAUAGCAUCCCGUCAUACACGAAACGAUUCCAAAGGAAUUCAACUUGAGUUUCGCUAUGACGGUUAUGCUGAUAACAAUCCGGAAAAUAUCAAGAAACGCAAACAUAUCCGCAGCAAUUCGUGUGAUGUGAAAAUAGGUCGUAGUAAUUCACGUGAAUACGAUGGAGAGCAUCGCAAUCGACGAUUAUUCCAAAAACGUGGUCAUGCUCGUAAUUAUUCACACGAUUUGGACUUUGAUAAUAAUCGUCACAAACGUCAUCCAACUCAUUCGCGCACUAGUUCACGUGAUGAACCAAUGAAUAUCAAAUAUAUUUUGAAUUGUUUAAAACCAGAUGCGUCAGCCAAUCGCCUACUAAUGUCAUCGGCAGCUUUGAUGGCAACAGCGGCCGCCGCCGAACAUGGCGCAGCACGUGCCGUUCGAAAGCAUUGCCGAAAUCAUUCGUACGAUCAAAUUUAUAGUAUGCCAAAUAAUAUUAAAAUUGAUCAAGAACUUUACAAUCGUUUCAAUAAAAAUCGAACAUCAGAAGCGGCCGCGUCAGCGCCAAUGAUUGAAAAUGAUUUGAACGUUGCUAAAGUGACAAAUGUCACUGCCAACAAUAAAGAAUACUUGGAGAGUAAAAUGUUGAGCAAAUGUGAUGUUGGACUACCACCCAAGGGCAAUUCACAUUCACGUACCAAUUCAAAGGAUCUGAACAAGGGUAGCUUUCUGUCAUCGCUGGUCGAUGAUGCUGCCAAUAUACUGCGACAUCGUCGAACUAAUUCGAAAGACUUAAAUCGCAUCCUAAACCCAAUUCCAUCAACAUCCGAAGCCGGAGCAAGUGAAUCCCAACAACAAGCCGCCACAACAACAGCAGCAGCAGCAGCAGCAGCAGCAGCAGCAGCAGCAGCAGUGCAGUCACAGUUUCACAAACGUAAUGUCUCGUUAUCGAGAAACGAUUUGGCCGAAGAGCAUGCAUUUGAUGUGGCGCAAGUACUUUUACUAGGCAAUAAUGAAAAUAGUGAUAUACAGACAAACCGAAGAGAUAACGAAUGAAUCUGAUAUGAUGAUACAAAGUCGAGCAAAUGGAUUCGUACACUUGUUCAACCAUUUCGCUCGCGAAUGAUGCCCGAAUUUAAAACUAAAUGAAUUCGCAUAUGAAUUUAUACAUAUUAGUCGUAAUUUAGAUGAGAAAUAUUCCUUUAGGUCAAUUUAUCGAUCGCAUUCAUAAUAAUCUCAGCCAGAGCAAAGCGAACGAUUUAAGCGUUUCUCUUCGAGAAACCCAAAUGUUUUUUUUUACUAUAUAUUUAAUUAAUCGAAAUACAAUUCCCAAAUAUCACCAAUAUGGGAAUAAAAUGAUGAUUCGUCUCGGAUUUCAUAUAAUUUUCAAGUGCCGCACCUGAAUAGAAGAGCAGCACUUACAAGAAUAGUGGCCGAACCUUCGUGGUGCCUAUAACAGCUCUGGAUAUCGGAGAUAAACCAUUAUUUCAUUUUCAUUUGAGACCAAGUUUGGAAACGGUAUUUUUUUCCUUCUACCAUAUAGAAUUUAUUUUACUGUCAAUAAUAAUGUCAUGCACUCAAUGGAUGCUCAGUUUUCUAUAGACUUUUCUGUUUUCAACGAACACAUUCGUUUCAUUCAUGUAGUAGCAUUGACUUUUUCUAAUUUUCUUUUCUUGCAUUGCCAAAUUUGAUUUGGUUUUUGACUACGGACCGCCAAAUCGUUCUGGCACCAAAUAUAUGACAACAACGGAACAAACAAACAUUCAACACAUUAGAAUAUAUAUAAUUGAGAGCAAUUUUUGGUGAUCUCCGUUGAUGAAUCAAUUAAAAAAUAUGCUUUUUUUGCAACAAAUUGCGAGAACUCACCACUGCCUUUACUAGUUUCAAAAAAAAGUCGUAGUUGCGCAGCAAAACCCAUCAUCAAUAGAAAAAAAAGAAAAAUCGAAAAUAUCGUGCUGCGAAAACCCAAAACGACAUCAAAUCAUUUCGAAAAUCCAAACAACGACAAGUAAUAGCAAAACAUUGUGUCCACUUCAGUUGUGUCUUUUUUCUCUCCCGUCUAUUUUGUGUUUUGUUCGAACGAUAAAGAGAUCUAUGCAAAUGUUUUAAAAUAAAACAAAAAACAAAAAUAACAAAUCUAUUUACACGGUUAUAUAUUAUUAUUAUUUGUAAGAAAAUGAAAUGAAGAGAAUGAAAAGUGUCAAUUUAUCAACAAAAAAAAAAAAUUGUAAAAAAAAUUAUAACAAGAUGUGCUGUGAAUUUUAGAGGGACAAUUUAUUGAAAUGUGUGUGGAAUGUGACGCAGACAGAAAAUGAAAAUAAAACAUAAAAGAAACAAUUACUGAUUUUGAUUCCGAAAUUAUAUUAUUUUUGAAUUUAAAGAAAAAAGUUGUAAAAAAUUUCUAGCAAAUAGCACACAAUGAUUAAUCAAAAUUUAUGCAAAAUCAAUCCAUUUUAGAUACUAUAAGACAUUUAGGGGGGUUUAUUUUUUCAUUCAACAUUUUUCUUUUGGGAAUAUCUAAAAUUUAUACGAAAACAUUCGGAGUUAUCAUUUUGGAGAAAAAAAAUGUUUGAAUUAUUUUUCGGCAUCAUAUCGAAUCGAAAAUUUUCUGUUUCCUUCCAUAAAGUGGCAAAUUGUCCCAACACUCAUGGUGUAGAAAAUAAAGUUGUGAGUGAUAAUAAAUUUCGUUCUUUUACGUAGGUUGCUCCAUAAUUUUUUUUAAAAUGGUACUUAUAGUGUUGCCCGAUGUAAACCAUUGUCAUAUUCGUAAAGUUUGAUGUUUUGGUAUGUAUUC